CUCUAUUAGUAGUCCUCCCGGUCAACCUCUUGGGUAAUGUGCGUGUUGGGAUAUUUAGUCCUGCAACAACAGUGACCUCGUGUGGACACAUUGGCACAGCACACAGACUCUUCACCUGCGCAAUAUCCAUGACGACAGCGCUGUUACGUCGUUUACGCGCGGACACGACAUUUUGUUGUUAGCUAGUUGGAAAAGCAGCUAGUACAUAUUUUCGUGCAGCUAAACCGUCAACAUGUCUUUAUAUUGAUUAAUGUAGCUAGCUAUAUUAUACAUCAUAUAAUUGAAAUAGCAGCUAAACGACGUGCAACAGAUAACACUGAGCCUUCGAACGUGGAAUGUUAGUGGACACAAUGGUCCGGUUUAUGCCUGAACUGAUCUGAUCAUCAUUGUAACUGAUCAUCUGAAUGGAUGCCUCCCACAGAAAAAUGGAAUUACUUCCUGUGCUGGAACCAGAGGAUAAACCACGAGCAGGACUGUGGUAUGCUAUGAUACCCAGAGGAGGUGGUCCAGGAGUUAGUGUGGGCCACACCUGUAUAUACAUCCCCUCUGAGGAUGAUGGCAAGGGGAAGAUCCUGAUCAUAGGAGGAGCCAACCCUAAUGGCAGCUUUUCAGAAUCCCAUGUCAUAAACCUGGACAGUCACGAGUGGGACAUUCCUGAAUGGGAGGGUCUGGAGGCACGGUAUGAACACUGCAGCUUUGUCCCUGAGAGCUGUCCACAGAGCCUGUGGGUGUUCGCUGGGGCACAGCAGAGUGGCAACCGCAACUGUGUCCAGAACCUACAACUCACAGGCGGUGGGUUGUGGAAGGGUGUAGAGGUGAAAGGGACGCCCCCCUGUCCCAGGACGUAUCACACUAACUCAGCCAGCGUCGGGGACCGACUGUUUGUCUUCUCUGGAGGGGACUCAGGGGCCACACCUGUCUCGGACCCCAACCUUCACGUCUUCGACACAGUUUCCUGCACCUGGUCUCAGCCAGACACACAGGGCAGACAUCCCCCUGCAAGACACGGCCACGUGGUGACUGCGGUAGGACCCAAAAUCUAUAUCCAUGGAGGCAUGGCAGGAGAGAAGUUCUACAGCGACAUCUACUCUCUAGACACCAGCAGUAUGAAGUGGGAGAAGGUCCAAGCCAAAGGAGACAUCCCCCCGGGGGUGGCUGCCCACUCGGCUGUGGCCCUCGGAAAGAACAUCUACAUCUUUGGAGGGAUGACCCCAGAAGGGGCCAGCAAUGCAAUGUACAGAUUUCAGUGUGGGCCAGACGUGCUACCCUGUUCUGAGCCAAUGGCAAUUUCCUAAGUCCCUCUUUGUGGUACCUGACCACACGACUGAACAGUAGUCCAGACAAACAGCGCUGGACCCUGUUGAGGUUUGAAGGGAACAUGCCACCCAACAGACUGGACCACUCCAUGUGUGUCCUACCCUGGAGAGUAAGGCCUGAGCACACCAGUGGAGAGAGAGACCAGGCCCAGAGCUCCUCAGCGUCAGGGACCGUACAGCUGGCAUUUGUGUUUGGAGGGAUGGACACUCAGGGGGUCAUACACAGUGACUGUGUUGUAACUGUCUUAACGUGACCUUGAUAGCUACUGCUCUGGGAAAUACCGUGUGUAUGUGCCUGUAUGUUUAACUGUUGGUCAAUAAUUGUUGCAGUUCAUUUUAGCGCCACCUUUUUCAAAUAAAUCCAACCAGUGUCAUAAGCCGA